AAUUGAUGUCGCUGCAUAUUAUUGGAACUUGUUGACAUUGAAAAUGGAGGCAGUCCCGCGGCUGCCUAUGUUAGGCUUUGAACUUAAAACUAGUGCAGAAAGUGUUGAAUUUGGCCCGAAACUGAGACAGUACAUUCGUGACCAUUAUAAUGAAAAUCCUGAUAGCUACAGUACGGAAAUCCACGAGCUGGAAGCAUUGCGAGCCAGUGCCACCCAUGCUCCACAUGAUUUUACGGGAUGUUCUACUCUCAAGAAAUAUUAUUGCCAGCUGCACUUCCUCCUAUCGAGGUUUCCACUCGGCGAAAAUCCUUCAAUUGCCAUAACAUUCAAUUGGUAUGAUAUAUACUCGAGUGUGGUCUAUAAUGUUAACGACAUCAAAUAUGAGAUGGCAUGCAUUUUGUACAACAUAGGAGCCCUGCACACAGACUUGGGGGCCAUGGAUGCGAGAAACACUCCCGAUGGCAUGAAGAUCAGCUGUACACAUUUUCAGUGUGCAGCCUGGGCCUUCCAGCACCUACGGGAAACUUACCCCCAGCCAAGCGAGUCAGACUUGAGUCCUACAUUGUUGACAUUCAUGUACAAUGUAGCUCUGGCACAAGCUCAAGAGUGCAUCCUUGAAAAGAGCAUGACUGACAAUCGCAAGCCAACCAUUAUUGCAAAAGUUGCUAUGCAAGUUGUUGAAUAUUUAAAAGCAGCAAUGAAGAGUGUUUGGUCUAGCAAAUCAAGUGAUACAGUUGUUACAGACAUUGUUGGAUCCAGAAAGUUAAAGAUGUGGCGGCGCUACUGUGAAUUUAAGAUGUCUUAUCAUGGUGCUGUUGCUUUGCUUUACCAAGGAAUGCAAGCAGAAGAACAGCAGAAAAUGGGAGAGCGACUAGCAUAUUACCAGGCUGCUGUCGAUACUUUGAGCGAGGCUUCAAAAAUUGCCAAAAAUCUCGAGCAACAAGAGGGAGAAAUGCAGAUGCUCAACAAGUCAUCUCAGAGCAUGCGUGAUGUGGAUGCCCGCGAGCUGAUUGCCGAAAGCUUGACAUUUUCAAACGAUGUGAUGGGCGGUAAACUCACAGCUGCACAGAAAGAGAAUGAGUUUGUGUACCACGAGAAAGUACCGCCAAUUUCAUCCCUGCCCGAGGUGAAGGGAGCAUCGCUGGUCAAAGGCAUCCCGUUCAGUGUGACUGAUCCUGAGGUUGCUGGCCAGGAUAUUUUUAUCAAGCUUGUUCCUCUGGAGGCUCACCAGGCAUCUUCCAUGUAUAGUGAGGAAAAGGCAAAGCUACUUCGACGUAUAGGAACCACAAUCCAAGAAAAAAAUGAAGAGCUGGAAACGUACCUGGCAUCUAUGCAAUUAGACUCUCUUGCUUUGGAUUCUGGCUCGGAAAAUCUUCCUCAGGAGCUUAUAGAGUGCUGUGCAGAUUUGAAUGCCAGCAACGGUGUCAAGAAACUUAAAGAUAUCAUGGCGAAAAUUUCCAGCUUUUAUCAUGAUAUUAAUGCAUCGCUAGACGAUAUUAAACGGGUAAUUGAGGAAGAAGAUAUGAAAGAGAAAGAGUUCCUAACCAUGAUGGGGAAGCGUGCCCCCAGCAUGAUAAUAGGAGAACUAAAGCGAGAAGCCAAUAAGUACCGGGAGGCUCACCAGAGUGCACAGGACAACAAUACCGCAUUACACAGGGCCAUUACCACACAUUUGGCCAACCUCCAGUUACUAUGCAAUCCUUUGGAUCAAGUGGCAGCAGCAAUACCUUCAGUUGCUAGUGUUGAAGUUCAGGGUGACCCAACAGCAAAGCAAGAAGUAAAACGUCUUCUUGGAAAAGUGAGCGAGAUGCAAGCCCAGCGUGCAAAAUGGGAGAGUCAGUUACGCUCUGAUAUUCAGGACGACGACGUCACCAAGCAACUGGUUACAAGUCAGGAUGACAAGGAAGAUUUCUUCAAAAAUGAGCUGAAGAAACAUGACAAACUGGUGUCUUUGCUUGAUCAAAACAUGGCUGCGCAGGCAAACAUCCUCCAGGCGCUCUCGGAAGCCAAUGCUGCAUUUGCUACAACUCGCCGGCUAACAAAUCAAGUUCAGGCACAGAGAACAGAAACAAUUUCAUCACUUCUGGCAUCAUACAAUGCCUAUCUAAAUAUCUUAAAAAAGGCUGAAGAUGCUCAAGAAUUUUAUCAUAAAUUGGAAGGGCAGGUGAACAAGCUUGCAUCUCGAGUCAAAUCUGUUUGUCGCGUGCAAGAUGAGGAGCGUGAAGAUGUUCUCUCUGCAAAUGUUAAAAAGUUUACUGGAGGCUCUGUGGUACCUAAAACUGGUGGACCAUCUAUGCCUGGCAAGAGUUCAAACUUGGAUGCAGGUGUAAGUACUGCCAGUGGACCAAAGCUUAAAGAUUUCUUGCAGCACAUGAAAGGUGGAGGUAUGAGCAUAAGCAGUGGGAUGCUUCCAGGUGUAAUACCUGCUGCAACUCCCCAAAUUCAGCCAGGAAUACCAGGUUAUGGAUAUAGUGAUCCAAGUGGCUCUUAUACUAGUAGUAUGCGUCCUGCACCUUUAGGCUCUGAGCAAAAUGACCCACUAACCUCUUGCAGUGGUCAGGGGGUGGGCAGCUAUACAGGAAGUUACUCUAGCCAAGCUUCUGCAUACCGUCCCUCUGCACCCUCGCCAGCACCAUCUCCAGCCCCAUUAAGUGCUGCAUCGCCUUACAAAACUCCCGUCACUGCAGCACCCCAUAGCGCACACGGUCAGUAUUACCCUCAGCAGGGUGGGACUCCAACCUACUCUGCAAAUGCAGGUGUUACUGGUUAUCCUCCAGUACCGAGCUCAACUCCCAUGUCAUCCACUCAAUCUGCAGCUUAUUCUAGUGCUUUAAAUGCCCCAUCGACUGGUACCACUACAGUCAGUCAACCAAUUAAUUAUCCAGUAUCACAAGCUGGAACUCGACACCCUCAUCAGUAUGGCUAUAAUGUGCCAUACCAACAUUAUGGUUACCAGAAUGUCCCAGGAAUGACACAUGCAACACCAGCUGUGCCAUCUAGUGUCCAUAGUCCUCACGGUAUGCCUCAGGGAUCUCCAAUUCAUGGCGGCACGGCUGAUGGAUGUGACAAAUCGGUUUCCCGCUUACCUCAGUAUGGGUAUGGUCCAGGCUAUUCGGUGACUUCUUCUUCAAAUUUUAAUGUGAAUACUGUUACUUCAAUGGCAAGUGGGAGUAUUUGCAGUAGUACUUCCAGUGGAUCCACUCCUCAGAUGUCUCGUCCUGUAUCAACAGGACAAACUAGUAAUAUGUCUCAAGGCUAUUAUGGUUACUACCCACAGCAGCAGAGUACUACUUCCACACCCAGCAUUCCUACAACUGCACCAGUAUCAACUUCCCAAGUUGGUACUCAGCCUACACCAACAAGCACGCAAGCCUAUCCACAGUAUCCCUAUCAGUAUCCACAAACCCAAGCAAAUACAGCAGUUUCAGCUAUGUACAAUCAGGCAGGUUCAAACCAGUUUAGCUAUGUGAACCAAGAUGGGUCGUCUUACAAAGGACAGACAGCUACCACUCAAGCAUCUAAUUUAUAUUCUAAUCAAGGAGUUAACUAUUCUUCAGCAUCAUAUUCAAGUCCAGUAUACAAUGCUGGAGUUUACUCGUCACAACCAUCCACAAUGUCGAGUGUUCAGUCUGGAGGAAUAUUGCCAACAACAAAUACUCUAGCAUAUGCGUCGCAGGGAGGAAGUCAGUGGAACAUGUAUUCUAGCUAUCCUCAGGCAGGCAUAUCAUCUAGUAGCACCAGUCAGGCUGGCACUGCUCAUACAGUGACCAGCAUGUCUAGUGCAUCAAGUUCAACACAUAGUGAGAAGAUUACUGCUGAUGGUAUGAAACUAACAACUACAACUCAAAAUAGUUUGCCAGGCGGUAGCCAGAUGGCACAGACUCCUAGCCAGUACAGUCAAGCCAGGGAGUUCAACCAAAGUUAUAAUCAGUCAAUGAUGUGGGCUCAGUAUGGUGAUCAACAACAGUAUCAACAUCCACAACAGAAUCCUUCACCAUCAUUACAACAGUAUCCUCAGCAGCAGCUUCAUCCUCGGCAAACACAGCAUCCUCUGCAGCCACAACCUCCUCAACCACCACAACAGCCUCUGAAGCCACAACCACCUCAACCACCACAACAGCCUCUGCAACCACAACCACCUCAACCACCGCAACAGCCUCUGCAGCCCCAGCCAUUACAGGCACUGAGUAAGCAGGGAGCAAACGCAUCAAGUGUGUCAACAGGGGCCUCUGUGUCAUCUGUGACUACUGGCAUCUCCAAUUUGGACCUCUUAUCUGGUAUAGAGUUAACAUCUCCUCCAACAUCCCAGUGGUCACCUCUAACUCCGCAACCAGCAGGCACAAGACAAUCGUCGGAGUCGACAAGUAGCGGUGGGGGAUCCUCGGCUCAGUCGGGUGCUGCUCCUGACAUCACCUCUACUGCCGCUGCAACCAGCCAGAUAACACCAGUCACUGGAGGCAACUUGCCCAACGUUGUGUCAAGUAACACUGCUGCCUUAAACACUGCAACGAACACCUCGGCCACGGUCUCCUCCAGCAUCCUUGAUCUCGCUGUUCUGGCCAAGAAUCGAAAGCCAACAGUAGUGGAUCCACUAUCUGAUGAUGAAAAGCUUCAGAAGCUAGCUGAUGAAACAGAACGAUUGAGCAAGAUUGUUGAAGGUCUGGAUCGAAAGUCUCUAAAUGGACCAACAAACUUGGAACUAAAAUGGAAGGAGCUUGUGGAAGUAGUGGAGAAGGAAUGCGGAGAACUGAAAGUAUCGGUUGCUCGGUGCUACCCUUUGAAGAAUAGAUUUGCAGAUAUCCUUCCAUACGACCACACUAGAGUAACGCUUCCAUCUGCUAGAGACGACUACAUCAAUGCCUCUUUUGUUCAGCUGAAGUCAACGGAGGAGAGCUUUCCUCUGAUCCUCACGCAGGCACCAAUGUCAGCCACGUGUGUUGACUUUUGGACAAUGGUCUGGGAGCAGCAAGUAGAAAUCAUUGUUUGCCUCAACUCAGAUGCAGAGGUAAAAGGCCAAGUUUAUCUGCCAAGUGAGACAGCCUCCAGUGUAGACUAUGGCCAUUUCAUUGUUGUGCUGCAUAGUUGUCGUCAGGCUGGCUCUCCAGUUUCAUUACAGCGCGUCCUUCAUGUUACACAACGCACUUCCAAAGUAACUCGCGUGAUUAUUCAUCUUCAGUUCUUAGGAUGGCCUCCCAGUGCCAUGCCAGAAAAUCCAAGCUUAUUACUACAGUUUCUGGUCGAAGUUCAUACAUUUCAGCGGCAGCAGAGAAAUAAGCUUCGACCUAUUCUGAUUCACUGUGUUCCAGGCCUGGGCAGAUCUGGGGUUCUUACAGUUCUUUCAGCUUUCAUGAAAGAAAUUCAUUCCAGUGGCAACUUGCUGGACUUGACAUCACUGGUGGUGGAGCUGAGCAGACAGCGACGGGGUGGAGUCCAAGAUAAGGAGCAUCUCCAUUUUCUCUUCUCGGCAGCUCUCUAUUAUGCCCAAGAUGUGCUUAUGAAACGGGGAAUCCUGACCAAUAAGGCCACAUUUGAGGAAGGUCCACGAGAAAAGACCCACGUGCGGCACCCGUCGGCUGAUCUGCUCUCCUCGUACGACUUGUCACGGCUUAAGAGCAAGCUCGGUCUAGAUCAGGAAGGUGGCAGAUUCGGAAGUGAAGAUGAGCAUUCACGCAGCAAUUCUGCUGCGUCCCUGCUCAGUAAUGGCUCCUCUACUAGUGUGGAACAGUUGAAGGAUGUACAGAAAGACCAGGAUAAAGAAACUGUAGCUUUGAUAGCUCCAUCAGGGGUCUCCAGUGGUGGUGGUGGUGGUGAAGUUGAGGCAGAUGGCAGUGUAGGUAGUUCUGGUGGCAGUGCCUUGGACAUUAAUUCUAGUAAUCAACCAGCUAAGAGUACAGGUAGUGGAAUUUUAGAUGCCAAUUUUUCGUCUCUUCCUCCAAGUCUAGCAGCUAGUUUAGAUCCACAGCAAUUUAAACUGGACCCUCCGAUACCAGGAAAGCCAAAUAAGAUUACGAAAGAUAGCUUUGAAAAUCCAAGCGGGGCUUUGAAAAAGACUGAUGAUCCAGCUGAUCCAUUUAGUGGCCUGGACCCUCUUUGGUCACACAAAAGGUCAUAGUUAUAGUUAGACUGUUGUUGCUUUUUAAAAUAUUAGUUUUAAAAAUGGCUGUAACUGUCCAUAGUUACUUAUUUUAUGUGAUGGUUAACAUGAUACUUUAUAAUAAAUGCAUAUCAAAUUUUCAUGUAUACUGGUAUAAUGUAAUAAAUAUUUAGCUUUAAAUAUCCUGUAGUUGAAGAAAUUUAUUAUGCCUGUAAUUAUUGUUGUAGCGAUUGCAGUUGUACUUGUAAUAUGAUAAAAAGUGCAUAAUUCUACAUAUAUUUUUAUGGCAGUGAUAUUUAUAAUUGUUCCUAAAAAGUGCAAUUUAAUAGUGAUGCUAGCUGCUUUGUUAAUUGAGCAAACAUCCAUAAUACAUGUAGAGAAAUUACAUUGUUCAAAAGUCAUACCAAUUUGGUGCUCUGCUUGAUAAAACUUGCGCAUUGCUUGCCGGUAAUUAUUCCUUUAACCCAAUUAUGAAAGCUGUUUAUUGAGAUUAGACAUAAAUUUAUACAGACAAACUACUUGUUUUGAUAAAACAGGCCAUAAUUGUUAGAAAAGAUAAAGGAUUACAGUACUUUUAUUAUAGUUUUAUCAGAAGAAGUGAUCCUCAAAAUUUUCAUGAUUGUAAUCUUUCGAUUCUGGUUUACUUGCAUGACAUACCAAUGGUAUAUACUGUACUAUGUACAGUAUAUACCAUUAUACUAUAUACAGUAUAUACCAAUGGUAUAUACUGUAGGAAGGAAAGGGAAUUAUCAGGGGGAAGCACCGAACCAUUACGACUAUAUAGCACUUGGAAGGGAUCAAGAUAACGAUUUGGGAUGGGAUGGAAGGAAGGAAUGGUGCCCAACCACUUGGACGGUUGAGGAUUGAAUGCCGAUCUGCAUGAAGCAAGACCGUCGUUCUACCAUCGAGGUCUAUAGCCUAUUAUUUUGCAUCCGUCCAUCCAAGUGGUUGGGCUACUGUAGUAGGAGCUUACAAUAAUGUGGUGGAGGUUGCAAUGGAGGGCCUAUUUGGACCAAGUUCAGGUGCUACAGAAGUUUCUAGUAUUUAAAAUAGAACUUAGUUAUGUGCAUUAAGAGGAUACUUGAUGGUAUGAUACUUGGAAGCCUUUAAAUGAUAAUAUAGGAUUAAACUUAUUGUAAGGAUCAGUUCUCAUGUAUGCUAAAAUUUGCUUGAUUACUAUUGCAAUAUACCCUGUACUGUACUAUACUGUAGUCUGUUCAAUCUUAAUUCAGUACUCGGUAACCUAAUUUAACAUCGUGAACAUUUUCAGCAUUUUGGCAUGCAGUGGAAUGAGGAAUUGUAAUACUGUAGGCUAUAAAUGAUCCAUGACGCAAGGCAGCAAAGAUUUCAGUAUGUUCCUCAGUCUGGAUACAAUGUAAUUGGUGGUGACAUGAGAUUAAACUAUGGUGCAACUGCAUUUAGUGAGAAAGUGGGUUAUGGAUACAGUAAAAUUUGGUUAUUUAGAGCUAUUUUUAAUUGAUACAUUUGUAAUUUUGUAAUUAUGUAAAUGAAUAUACAGUAGUGUGAUUUAGUGAAAUUAUCUUUAAAUGUAAACAAAUCUGAGGCAAGAAAGUUUAUUCGGAUCAUAUUGAAUAGUUAAUCAUUUACUAUUUAUUUACAUUAUUUAAGUACGGUAGUAAUUUUACUAAUUUAUUUAUGAAGCAAAUGGUGCAUUAUGUUUUAUGGCAAGAAUUUGCCCUCAUAUAAUUAAUUUAAUAUUAGCAAUGUAUUCAGUGCUUGUGAUUGUCUGUAAAGUGUGGAAUAAUACUGUACUGGCAAUGAUCAAAACUCGGUAAUGCUGUGGUGAGAUGUGGAGACAAUAAAUUUAAGAUCCAGACAUUCUUGUAAACCCUUUGAGAAUUUUUGUUUAACCACUUGGUGACUCGGAUACUUUUGAUAUCGUUUGCCUUAUGGGUUUUUGUUCUCGUAUUGGCAUCCUUGGUGAUAUUUAGCGCCCUCUGAUUAUUUUGCGUAUUUGAUGGUGCUACAUAGCCUUCCCGGUUUGGUGCCUUCUUUUGAUAAUUACUUACUUUUGUUUAACCAUACUAGAUUGUAUUAGGAAUUGACCAGCUAAACCAAAUACUGUCCAUAUAUUAAAAGAAUCAAGUGAAUAAACAAAAUUUACAUGUCUGUAAUUAAAAAAAAAUUGUACAUUGACUGGUAUAUGAAGAUGACUUCUGGAGGAAAAACAUUAUCACAAUAUAACCAAACAUUUACUUGUCUACAACACAAGGUAGACCCAUUGUCUUUAUGAACAAAAUGUGUGUUGUAUUGCAAUUAAUUUUUCUUGGGUAUAAUGUAUAUCAUUUUAAAGAUAAUUAUGGAUCUAAAGAAUAUUAGGUACCUGACAGUGUUUAACAUAUUUGGAAGCAGAUUUGAUAGCAAGAAUGUCUAUAGUUUUUCUUUUUAAUUGAUGCAGCCAGUCAUUUCAAGUACAGGGUAUGUAUGCUGCACCCUAUAGUGUUUAUGUAUUCUUUAGUUUAUUUAUUACCUUUGACAUUUGUAAUAUUGGCAAAGCACAUGAGUCUGUUUAGGAGAUAUCAUACCACAUUGCCUUUGGGAAACUAGUGAAGUGAUUAUUAUGUCUGCUCUUUAACAAAUUUGUUUGGGAAAUGCUGUAUGAGGACUUUUUAUUUUUUUUUCAAACUAUAUUUGCUUUUAAACGUUUUAUUUCCAAGUAAACUUAUAAUUUUGCAAGUACAGUACAGUAUUUUCACACCCUAAAAUGCUCUAUAAAAACAAAUGUACCAUUCACAGCAUUGUUUAAUGUAUAAAAAAGGCAUAAAUGUAUGCAAAGCUCUGAAAUAUGUAUAAUAGCAUGAAUUCCUAACCAUUGUUCUUUUAUUGCAUAAUGGAUAUGCAUUUUUGCCUCUGAUUUUUUUUUUAUUCAUAUGGUACAUAUGCACAUAUGUAACUAUGCAUACUACAUUGUACAUGGUUGAGUUACAGGUAGGGGCUGAUUAUUAUAUUAUUGAACCAAUCUAUGAAUUUAAAUCUUAUAAUAUUAAAAGGUUGUAAGGUAGUUAAGUUAAUGUUGAAAAUAUCCGAUCUACAUUAACUUGAGGAUACCGUACAUGGCUCUUGCGUGUGUGUGUGUUUUAUGGCUUGUGUGUGACCUGCAAUCAUUGUAUCGUAUUGAGGUGUUGAACUGAUCUAAUUUUAGUUCUUAUGAAUCUGAGCUUUAACAGCGAAUACGUCGUUGCCAAUCUGGGUCACUAAGCUUCUAAAUAUUGUACAUAUGAACACGAAACAAUUAUGCUAUAAAAUACAUUAAAAUCAAUCCAAGAGGUUUUUAUUGUAUUGCUGUAUUAAGGUUUAAUAAUUUUUUGUCAGUGACAAUGUCUUCUCGGCAACAUGUUUGUUGUUGUUUCAGGAAUGCAUCUUCAUUUUUUGUUAAGCAGUGAUUAUUCACAGAACUUAAGUCUUUAGCAACUAGAUAUGUACCAUAUGAUACUUGUAAUCAGUAAACAGAUGCAAUGUCA